UUAAGUGUUUAUUAAAGGAAUAAAAAUCCAUUCCUCCUUGGAGGACCGCGGCGUCCCUAGGGAACACACCCACCUAGCAACCGGGACCAGAGCUGGAGCGCUGCGCCUUUAAUUCCGGGGCGGGCGGGGGGCGGCGGGAAUUUCUGCUCCGGUUCCCUCUGCAUCGCCAGGGCAGCUGUCACCUGUAAGGCGAGCGCGGCGCGGGGGAUGCAACCCGGCGCCCAUUGGACAGAACACAAAGGCAGAAACCUACCCCGAAGGCCGGGGCCCGGCGGGGCGCUGGGCGUGGGCGCUCCCCGCGGCCCCCGGAGCCCUUUGCCCCGAGACGCUCCAGCCCGGCGGCACCGGCGCGACCGAGGUCCAGCUUCGGGGACACGCCCGGCCGGCCGCGGGGAAGGCGCCAGGUGAGCGCGGCCGCGCCUCCCGGAACCCCGCUCCCGCGCGUCCCGCGGCGACGCGGCGCCCACCCGCCCCGGCAGCCAGGAACCCAGGGCCCCACCAUGGCGCUGGCCGCCGCUGCCGCCGCCGCCGCUGCGGCUGCCGGGGUGAGCCAGGCGGCGGUGCUGGGCUUCCUGCAGGAGCACGGCGGGAAGGUGCGCAACUCCGAGCUGCUGAGCCGCUUCAAGCCGCUGCUCGAUGCGGGCGACCCGCUGGGCCGCGCUGCCCGCAGAGACCGCUUCAAGCAGUUCGUCAACAACGUGGCGGUGGUAAAGGAGCUCGACGGCGUCAAGUUCGUGGUGCUGAGGAAGAAGCCGCGGCCCCCGGAGCCCGAGCCCGCACCCUUCGGCCCCCCGGGGACAGCGGCCCAGCCGUCGAAGCCCACUGUGGUCUUGCCGGGGGGCACCUCUGCCCCGGGAGCUCCGCCCUUGGUCCUGGUGCCGCAGCCAGUGGAGCCGCCAGGGGACCUGGGUCUGCCAACAGAGCCACAGGACACCCCGAGGGGGCCGGCCUCCGAGCCUGCUCAGCCGCCCGGGGAGCCAUCCGCCGCCCCACCGCUUCCAGCCCUCGAGCUAGCCCAGGCCACCGAGAGACCCUCCGCAGACGCGGCCCCACCGCCUAGGGCCCCUUCUGAGGCGGCCUCGCCCUGCUCUGAUCCGUCAGACCCGGAGCCCGGGCCCGGGGCAGUGAAAGGGCCGCCGCAGCAGAAGCCCUGUAUGCUGCCCGUCCGCUGCGUCCCGGCCCCCGCCACGCUCCGCAUCCGGGUGGAGGAGCAGGGCCUGCGCCGGCAGCUGUCGGAGGAGCCGAGUCCGCGGAGCUCCCCUCUGCUGCUGAGGCGGCUCUCGGUGGAGGAGUCCAGUCUGGGCCUCGGCCUGGGCCCGGGCCGCUCCCCGCACCUGAGGCGCCUGUCGCGCGCCGGCCCGCGUCUACUGAGCCCCGACGCCGAGGAGGUGCCCGCCGCGCCGCCGCCGUCCGCCGUGCCCCUGGAGCCGUCCGAGCACGAGUGGCUCGUGCGGACCGCCGGGGGCCGCUGGACCCACCAGCUGCACGGGCUGCUGCUGCGCGACCGCGGCCUGGCGGCCAAGCGCGACUUCAUGUCUGGCUUCACGGCCCUGCAUUGGGCCGCCAAGAGCGGCGACGGCGAGAUGGCGCUGCAGCUGGUGGAGGUCGCGCGGCGCAGUGGCGCACCAGUCGACGUGAACGCGCGCUCCCACGGCGGCUACACGCCGCUGCACCUGGCUGCGCUGCACGGCCACGAGGACGCUGCUGUGCUGCUGGUGGUGCGUCUGGGUGCCCAGGUGCACGUGCGUGACCACAGCGGGCGUCGCGCCUACCAGUACCUGCGGCCCGGCUCCUCGUACGCGCUGCGCCGCCUUCUUGGCGAUCCAGGCCUGCGAGGCACCACGGAGCCAGAUGCGACCGGUGGUGGAAGUGGCAGUCUUGCUGCCAGGCGCCCGGUACAGGUGGCCGCCACCAUCCUCAGUUCCACCACCAGUGCAUUUCUAGGCGUCCUGGCUGACGACCUCAUGCUCCAGGACCUGGCCCGAGGCUUGAAGAAGUCGAGCUCCUUCAGCAAGUUCUUGAGCACCUCGCCCAUGGCUCCACGUAAAAAGACAAAGACCCGUGGUGGUCUUCCAGCCUUCUCAGAAAUCUCUCGUCGACCUACUUCGGGGCCUUUAGCUGGUCUAGUGCCCAGUUUGCCUCCAACAACCUGAAGGUCCCUGGGGGCUACCACCUGGUUGAUCUAUCGUGGCUUGCUCGUCGCAGCCCAAACCCGCCCAAGACCGCAGCCCAAUCAACGCCUGGAGCCUCAUUCUGUUUCCAACUUUGUCCAGGGCAGCCUGUUUAACCCAAAUGGGCCUGCACCUCCAGCUUCUUUCUGAAGCAUGACCCAUCUCUAGAGAUGGGAUUUGAGAAAUCAGUGAGAGCUUCCUAUAAAGAACUCCAGGAGACAGGCCUGAACUCUAGAGGGAACUUGAAAUCCAGGGUCAAAGGUUAAGGGGCAGCAGCUGGUCUGGCCCCUGAAUGCCUUCACCUGAUGCCUCUGCAGCUACACAAUCCCAAGCCAGAACUAGAGCAAGGGUCUCUUUAAAUGUUAAAAGAUGUUAGGUUGUCAGCUUUAAGAUAUGUGGUGGUUUUGUAAUUUGAUGCUUUUAUUCUGUUUUUAAAUUGAAAUGAGGUAAAGCAACUUUCAUAGUAACAUUUUGGAAUUAUAUUUUUCCACUUUUAGGCAAAGUGCUUAGACAUUUUCCAUUUUUUUGCUAAAUACUUUGGAAUUCUAUUUAAAAAAUAGAUGAUCAAGAUCUAAAGGAAAUUAAUCCCAACCAACAAACUUAAAAGUUUAUCUACCUCAUUUUAGGCAAUCAAGAUUCUGGAGAGUCUUGAACACAGAAUAACGAUUGUGACCAUUAUGAAUGUAACUAAUUUCAGUUGUACUGUGAAUGCUAAAUAUUUGCAAACAAGUACAUCUUGAAAGUAAAGGUGACUUAGAGAAAAGAGACGUUUUGGCAGAUACUUUUAAUUUGUGGUUGUCUCCAUCAUGAAAUAUAAACAUGUGUUUGGCACUUGUGGGUGGCUAUUUUGAUUUGGCAUGAAUACUUAAUUUUUUUAAAAAAUUGUGGUUUGUGAAUUGCACCUUUAUGCCAUGUUUCUGAAUCUGGUUUUCAAAUCCAGUGGAGCCUUUCAGUGCAAUAGGUGAAUAUUAAAAGAAAAAAAGUAAUAGUGUUAUGACAGAAAAAUGAGCGAUUAAAUAGUAAUGGAUAUGAUUAAGGAGCAAGUAUUUUAUAUGACUGUUCUGUACAAACAAAAAGUAUGUAAUACCCAUUUUACAAAACCAUUUGAAAGUAGACAACUUAUUCCAAAAUAGCAAAUGCAGAAUCUCUGCUCAGUGAGCUUGGAUGAGUGGCUUAACUUCCCUGGGCCUUUGUUCCUAUCUGUAAGUGAGAAAGUUUGUAGAUAUUGCCAAGAUCUCCCAGGCUCAAUACAGUGUAAUUAUUUUAUGUUUUUAAAGAUAUGAAAUCUAUUUACUCAACCAAUUUUUUAAAUAGCAUAUUGUGAUAAUGCUCUGCUUUUGCAAAUUGUGUUUGCAUGUCAUUCGUUUUAUCAAACAGUUUUGUGACAUGGGGUAGUGGAGCUUCCCUCCCCACCCCCCUAUGUGUCAGUGAAGCCUUUGAAAUUACUUAAGGCAGUCUUUCAUGGAAUGUUUUGAUUGAGCAAUGAAAUAAACAGUCCUCCAUUUUGUUUCCA